AUGUCGAAGCCGAACGCCGUUCAUGAUGAAGACCCACAGGCUAUGAAGGAUGACCUGCCUGUCGACCCACCGCACGUACCCUUGACCGAGAAGGAAAACAAGCGCAUUUGUCACAAGACCGACCGUACCAUCCUUCUCGUUCUCAUCUGGGUCUACUUUUUACAGAUUCUUGACAAGACCGUCCUUGGAUAUGGAGCGACAUAUGGAAUGGAGACCGAUACAGGGUUGACAGGAAAUGAAUACUCGUUGAUUGGUUCCAUUGCCCCGAUCGCUCAACUAUGUUGGCAGCCAUUCUCCUCCUACCUCAUCAUUUUGAUGCCAAUUCUAUGUCUUGGCUGGGGUAUUGCGCAGGCGUGCAUGGCCGCUUGUCACAACUUCAGCGAGUUGAUGGCUGCCCGCUUUUUUCUUGGACUCUUCGAGGCAGGAUGUCUGCCGCUCUUCGGUAUCAUUACUAGCCAAUGGUACCUCCGAUCAGAACAGCCUGUUCGUAUCGCAGCAUGGUACAGCACCAAUGGUCUAGCGACUAUUGUGGCAGCUGCUCUAUCGUAUGGUCUAGCCCACAUCAAUUCUGAUGUUCUAGAAUCUUGGCAAAUAAUCUUCCUAUUUGUAGGCCUUGUGACCAUUGUCUCCGCCCCGAUCGUCUACUGGCGCCUUGACAACGACAUUAGCACUGCUCGAUUCCUGAACGAAACCGAAAAACUCCAGGGCAUGGAGCGCCUCCGUGCCAACCAAACGGGUACCGGAACUACAGAAUUCAAGCUCAGUCACGUCUAUGAAGCCGUCCUUGAGCCCAAAACAUACUUGUGGAUUGGCAUGGCAAUGCUUCUAAAUAUCGGUGCCAGUGUGACCAACACAUUUGGUCCACUGAUUCUUGAUGGCCUGGGCUACGAUACAUACCGCACCAGCCUCUUGACAAUGCCGUUCGGAGCCAUGCAAUUCAUCGCUAUCCUGAUUGCUAGUUGGCUGGCUCAGACUGCUCGGGUCAAAGGAGCCAUUCUCGCAACAUUCAUGCUUCCGGUGGUCGCAGGCCUAGCCAUUCUAUACGCCGUUCCUCGGACGGAUGCGAAUCAAGGUGCUCUUCUGGCAGGCUAUUACUUGCUUGCAUUUUUAUUUGGUGGAAAUCCGUUGAUCGUGACUUGGAUUGUUGGUAAUACUGCAGGCAGCACCAAGAAGUCAGUCGCUAUGAGUCUGUUCAACGCAGCGACCUCUGCUGGAAACAUUGUGGGUCCGUUGCUAUUCAGCUCGAAGGAUGCUCCCUCCUAUCACCCGGGUCUGCGGGCCUGCCUGGGCAUCUUCAGUGCACUGGCGUGCGUUGUACUCAUUCAGUGGGGAAAUCUGUGGUUCCUCAACAAGCAGCAAGCUCGUCGUCGCGUUCGAAACGGGAAGAGCGCUAUCAUCGUCGAUCAUUCCAUGCAAUCCCACUUCCAUGGUGUUGAAGAAGGGAAUAUGGAUGGUGUGACUCAUGCUGGUACGCACGCUAACCAGGAUAUCACUGAUAGGGAGAAUGAUGAGUUUGUAUAUCUUUAUUAG